AUGGCUAGACCGGAUACAGUGAUACCCGAUAAACCGGAGUCUCCAUACCCCAUAGUUCAGGACCUGGUGGUGGUGUCUGGGUUCGGCCGUGGUUCUUCCGAAUUGGGCAUUCCCACCGCCAAUAUACCCAUCAACGACGAUUUGAACCAAUUGGAGACAGGUAUCUACUACGGCUGGUGCCAGCUCAAGCCAUGCACACUUCCAGAUGAGUGCAAGACUAGAACGAACGGAAGGGAAGUGAUAUACAAUCACGGAAAGAACUUGAGAAAUGAUGACUUGAAGGUCUUGCCUAUGGUGAUGUCCAUUGGCUGGAACCCCUUCUACCAUCUCAAAGAGAAAGCUGCCGAGGUCCACAUCAUGCACAAGUUUGACGACUUCUUCUAUGGAGCCCAGAUUAAAUUCAAUGUGUUGGGAUAUAUCAGACCAGAGUUGGACUACACUACUAAAGAGGCCUUGAUUGAAGAUAUCAAUCUCGACAUUAAAAUAGCAUUGGAAGCUCUUGACCGCGACGCAUACCAGACAUAUAAAGAUCUUUAG